AUGGAUUACUAUAUUAUAUUAAAACAGAAAAUAGAAAGUUUUUCAAAUUGGUAUAAAGCAUCUAGUAUUGGCCAUCGAAAUUUUGUUUGGUUAUUUAUUGGCAGUUUUUGUGGAUAUAUAUACGGUAAAAUAGAAUAUGAAAAAAAAAAAAAAAAUAAAGGAGUAUAUGGUGAUUUAAUAUUUGUUGAUGAAUAUAUAGUAGAUGAUAAGAAUAUAAAAAAUUUUGAGAAGAAUUAUAACAAAUUAAAUAUUCAUUCAUUUAAAAAUAAAGGGUAUGAAUAUACAAAAUUAUUUAAAGCAAUUAAUUGGCAAAAUUCUCCAUUAAGUUAUUUACAGUUAAGGUUAUGGAAAAAUAAAGAUUGUUAUGAUGAAUAUAUGAAAAGUAAAAAUGUUAAUGAAUUAUUGGAUAAUGUAAAAAAAGAAUGUAAAUUUUAUUCUUCUGAUAAAUAUGAAACAAUAGUUGACGAUUCUAUUGUUCGUUUAAUCCCUUAA